AGCCAUGGCCACAGACAACCCCAUGGAAAGUCUCCAGGAGGAAGCUACAUGCCCCAUCUGUCUGGAGUAUUUCACAGAACCUGUCACUCUGGAGUGUGGGCACAAUUUCUGCCGAGCCUGCCUCGCCCAGUGCUGGGAGGGAUUUGAUACACCCGCCUCCUGCCCUCAGUGCAGAGAAACUGUGCAACAGAGAAACCUCAGGCCGAACAGGCGGCUGGGAAAUGUUGUGGAAAUAGCCAAACGGCUGAGUUUACAGGCAGCAAAGGGAGCAGGAGAGGAGAGGGUGUGUGGGGAACACCAGGAGACUCUGAAACUGUUCUGUGAAGAGGAUCAAACUUCUGUCUGUGUGGUUUGCCAUCUGUCCCGGGAUCACAGAGAUCACAGGGUGGUUCCCAUAAAGGAGGCUGCCCAGGAGUACAAGGUGAAACUCCAGGGAGCCCUGGGCCCUCUGAGGAAGGAGCUGGAAGAGGCCCUGGCUCUGAUGUCUAAAGAAGAGAAGAAAACCACAGAGUGGCAGAGGAAAGUGAGGAAUAAGAGAGAGAUGAUUGCAGGUGAAUUUAACAAACUGCACACACUGCUGAGAGAGGAGGAGCAGCUGCUUCUGCAGAGCCUGGAGGAGGAGGAGAGGGCGACUCUGCAGAGACUAAGGAAAAAUGUCACCAAACUCUCCCAGCAAAGCUCCUCUCUGCAUCAGCUGAUCACAGAGAUCGAGGAGAAGUGUCAGCAACCAGUUGUCGAGCUGCUAAAGGAUGUGAAAAGCACAUUGAGCAGGAGUGAGAAUGUGAAACUCCAGGACUCAGAAGCUGUUUCUACUGACCUGAAGAACGUGUAUAAAAUUUCCCUUGACCUGAGGGAAGCGCUGCAGAGAUUCAGAGUGGACGUGACUCUGGAUCCGGACACGGCUCAUCCCAGACUCGUCCUGUCUGAGGAUCGGAAACGUGUGAAUCUCGGAGACACAUGCCAGGAUCUGCCCAACAACCCGGAGAGAUUUGAUCCUUGUCCCUGUGUCCUGGGCACUGAGGGGUUCACGGGUGGGAGGCGUUACUGGGAGGUGGAGGUGGGAGACAAGACUGAGUGGGCUCUGGGGGUUUGUAGGGAAUCUGUGAGCAGGAAGGGGAAGGUCACACUCUCACCUGAGAAUGGAUACUGGGCCGUGUGGCUGAGGGAUGGGGGAUACAAGGCCUUCACCUCCCCCUCGACCCCCCUCCUCGUGAGCGUCAGGCCCAGCCGGGUGGGGAUUUUCCUGGACUAUGAGGCGGGUGAGGUCUCGUUUUACAAUGUGACUGACAGGUCCCAUCUCUUCACUUUCACUGGCACCUUCUCUGGGAAGCUCCGCACUUUCUUCUGUCCUGGUCUGAUCGCUGGGGGUACAAACGCGGCUCCCCUGAUAAUCUGCCCGGUCCCAGCUCAGGCUGGAGGGAAUCUCUGUCCCUGA